AUGGAAGUUUUGAUACAUUUUUUCUACAUCUCGGAUACCAAAAAAGAAGAAACAGCUACUCCUAAACCUGUAAUAGCAAGCAAAAAUUAUAGUAGACAAUAUAUUAUUGACCUUAUAGCUCUUACAGAUAUUAUUAAAUCUGAAGAUAAUAAGUAUAGACAAAAAAAUUACUUUUUUUGGAUUAAAAAUAUAAAUAGACUAGUUUUCAAAGAUAUUACUUAUCAUGGUAAAAGAUAUAUUUGUAAAAAAUGUACUAUAAGCUGGUCAUCAAAAAAAUCUUUAGCCUAUCAUCAAAAGCACUAUUUUGGUUUAGGAGAAGCAACUCAAGAAGUCAAAUUACCUAUCAAGGAUGUCAAUAACUUUGAAAAAUUUAAGAACUAUGGAUGA